UUCCGGGAUUUCCGGAAUAGACGAAAUUUGAGGUUAUGAACUGUCAAAUUCGUGUGAUAAACAACAACAAUAAAAAACUUACAAAUCAUUCUGUGUGGAGAAUUUUCUGCAAAUAUCUUGUGAAUUAAUUAUUGUAAAAAUGUCCAAUCAAUCAGUCACAGUUCUCACGCCCAAUGGGCGAAGGCAGAUUAUUAAAUUGACUCCCAACACGACACUUCUUGAGGUUCUUGAACAAGUCUGCCGGAAAUUCCAAUUAGAACCCAACAAGCACAUCCUGAGGCAUCACAAUAAAACUGUGGACUUGUCAGGGAUGUUUCGUUUCUCAGGCCUACCCAAUAAUUGCCUCCUUGAGAUGGAGGAGACACAGACAGCAAGGAAGGAAGCUGAAGUUCACAUUGUCCUGCAAAUGGAGUCUGGGGAGCGAUUAUCGGAUGAUUUUACACCUGCCACUACUAUUGAGGGUAUUCUGGGGAAGCUCUGUCCUGAUGGGGUGGGGAAUGAGAAGAAUUUGGUGGUUAUCUACAUGCGAAAGGAGGUUUUUGGGGAAGAACUUGCAACGACAACGCUUAAAAGUCUGGGAUUGACGAGUGGAAAGGCAAUGUUGCGGCUCCUGCGGCGGAAUCCCGAAGAGCUCAGGGUACAGGCUAAUGUGUCAAGUGUACUUGCACCAAAACCCAUCCCUGUGGCUCCUGUAGAAGUUGCUAAAUCACAAAAUCCUCGGGAAAAUGUCCAGAAGGUUUUGGCGGUUCAAGAAGAAAGUACGGAGGUGGUGGAGCAACAGCCAAUGGAAGUUGAUGAGGAACAAUGCGUGGCAAAUGAGGAAGAAUUACCCAAGGAGAGAAUUUUGGGAAAAGAUAGUCCGGAAAUGAAGAAAUCCAAAUUCGAAGAAAAAUCCACAAAAUUAGCGGAAAAGCCUGAAAAAUCCGAAGCUUUGAGUGCUGAAGAGAUGAAGAGACUGGAGGAAGAGAUAAGAAUUAUCGGAGAACACGAUGCAGUGAUCUUUUCCCUGGACUCCACACAGAGGAUGCAGGAAAGAGAUCUUCCGGAUUCCUUUUUUGACCUCACAAUUGAUGAUGUGCGUCUUUUGCUGCGAGAUCUGAAGGAUCAAGCUAAAUCCCUCGAUGAUGCACCCCUGCUGACGGCUCAAUUGCGUGAAAUGGAGAACAAUAGGAAGGUCCUGAAGUUGCUGCAGUACAAGAAGACCAUCAUAAGGAUUCAAUUCCCCGAUCGGCAUGUCCUCCAGGCAACAUUUAAUCCCAUUGACACCAUAGAGGGCGUGAGAAAUGUUGUCAGGAAGCAUUUGGAGAAUCCCGUAAUUGCCUUUUAUCUCUUCACAACACCUCCUAAGCAGAUUUUACCCCCAAAUUCUCGUCUUGUUGAGCUUCAAUGCGUCCCUCAGGCUGUUAUUCACUUUGGUGUGGAACAGGAUGUUAAAUCAGACACCGGGAGCUUUCUCCGUGGUGAUCUUCUGCAGAAUCUCACCUCACCGGAUGCAGCAAUUCUCCUGGCAAUGAGAUCACGUGGUCUUUCUCCAUGCAGUGUUUUGGGGAAGAAGGAUGGGCAGGAGGAUGCCGAAAUGGCAGGAGCUUCGGGAAGUUCAUUGCAAAAGCCACGAAUUCCGGAUAAUUUCCAAAAAUCAUCUUCUACUGCCUCAUCAUCCAGUUCAACAGCCAGCACGGUUCCCAAAUGGUUUAAAAUGUCAAAGUGAAAGAUUUUGUGAUAAAUCUUCUAAUAAAACAAAGCAACCUGUUUUUCAUCUUAA